AUGGCAUCCAAGACAAAGCAGAUGAAACAAGACACCACGCCUGCUGGGAAAAAUAAGCAAGGAGUAAGAACCAAGAAUGGAGAUGCAGCUAAAGGAAUAAGUGACAUGGAAAUACUUGCCAAAGAGAGGAAGUCGUACUUGCAGAAGGAAUACAAGAUUCUCACUGAACAUAUGAACACAUACAUGGGAAGAGUGGAACACUUCCUGCAGGAAAAUAAAUUCCUAGAAAAGGAAGCCCAACGGAAUCAGGAAGAGAGCAACGCUUACCUCUCUUACAUAACAAAACACAGCCAGAAGUGCCAGGAUCUGAUAACAACAUUAAAUGAUCAGAAUCACACUGACCUGUCUCAAGUCUGGAUGCAUAAAGAGGAGCUAAUCUUACAGUAUACAGAGAAAGAGAAGGAGGUAAGGAGCGCUCUGAUGAAUUUGGAGACAAAGUACUCUCUUAUGAACAAGGAGGUUGAAGACCUGAAGCCUUUCAAAGAUCCAUCUGUUCAGCUGGAACAGAUGGAGAAGAUUAAAGAGCUGGAGAAGGAACUGUUGGUCACAAAGAUACAGCAUUCAGAUGAAAUGCACAAAAUGAAGAGCAGAUUUCUGCAGGCCAAGGCUGACUGUGAGAUGGACUUCCAUCAGAAGAUCCAGGUUCUCACCAAGAGAGCAGAAGAAGCAGCGAUACAAUCUCUAAUUCAGCAUAUCAAACAAGUAAAAGUAGAGAAUUGGCAUCUGCGCCAGGAAUUGCUCAGACUCAUCCAAUACUCAAAAAUCCUUAAAGAAACCAAAGUUCAACUGAGAGAGCAGCAGCAGCAGCUUCUUCGAGAGAACCAAUACACUCAGAACGUGGCACACAUGCGUCAGUGGUUGCACCAGCAUGAGGCACACAAUGCAAAUGGUGAAACCUACAGCUCUCACAGCCCCUUCAGAUGUGUCCAUCAACCUAAAAACCCACUUCCCCACUCCUCACUCAUGCCAAUACAUCAGUAG